AAGUGGAUUUCAAUCUCUCCGAGAUCUUUUUUGUGAAUCAUCUCGUCAUCAAAAUCUCUUCGAGAGAGCGGAAGAAACCCUCAAUCCGAUGAAGCUAUUCAAGAAGCUCCAUGAUCAUCAUGGCCGCUCUAGCGAGGUCCCGGUUGCUCCCUCGUCGUCUACGCCCCCUCUGCUGUCUCCUUCUUGCGCCUCUGACCAACGUGCGGACCUGGUGGCGCGGCGGCCCCAGCUAACCCUUCUCCGCCAUCGCCGUCCAAUGCUUCAUGGCUUUCUCCGGCUGGAGACUUUAUGAUGUCUGAGGAGGAGUACCAGGUGCAGCUGGCACUGGUGAUCUCGAACUCAGAGUUUAGGGAUGAUCCUGAUCCUGAUCCUGAUCGGGAUCAGAUCCGGGCGGUGAAGCUUCUUAGCUUGGGGAAACAGCGGAUGGAUCCGAUUCGGGAGGAGGAUGUCUCUGCUGAUGUGCUUUCUCGUCAGUAUUGGAAUGUGAAGAAGAUGAUAGUUGGUGUUCCUUGCAAGUUAGUCAAAGGAAGCCAGUACAAUGUGGUCGACGAUGACACUGUUAACAUAAUAAAAUUAGAUGCCGGAAGGGAAUUCUUGGUUGAUCUCAUGACAGACCCUGGCACUCUUAUUCCAGCAGAUGUACUAAGCGCAAAAGAUGCGCCCUUAAGUUCAGUAAUUCAUGACUCGCAGAAAACUUCAAUUCCUGGACCACAAACAAAUCAGAAGGUGACUUAUUGGGAUCCAAACAGUUGUAUGAAAAUGAAUCUGGAGCUUCAUCAUCGAUAACAAUAUCUUAGAUGAAAGGUCAAGGCAUGAGAAGGUAGUACAAAUACGUUCUGUUGCAAGUAGUGGAACAUCAUCCAUAACAGUUGGUAGUAGUUCAAGUACAAAUGCAAAGUGUUUGUCUUCUGAUCAGCCAAAUCAGUUCCGUUCAAAGUAGAAAGCAAUUGCUGUAGCACCUUUGGAUGUUAAUAAUUCGGUUAGUGAGAAACUCGGCAUAAUACCAAGUUUACAGAAUGCUGAAGAUUCUAGAAACCUUUUUGCUGAGCUGAAUUCUUUCCAAGAAAUUAGAGUCAGAAAACUUUUUGGACCACACAAAAUUACUGAUAAUAAAAAACAUGAGUAUCAAAGGCUCAGAGAAAGCAUUGCCCCAUUACCUACAAGACCUCAACAUCCGUUGAUUUGGAAAAAUCGUCCUGCUUGCAAUGAGGUUCCAAACAUAAAGCAAUAUAAAUAUGUGGAAUGAAUUUUACCGAGAAAAGAGAUAGGAGUGAAUGAUCUUAAUGCUUCCUCUUCUCAUCAUUCAACUGCAGAGGGGAAGGCUUGCUUGAUGGUUCUAAUGGAAUUGGUAGCUCAUUUGCCACUGGCAGAGAUACUUCUGAUAGUAAAAUGAAUGGUGCCUUCAGUGCUGGUCGUCCUUCUGAGUUCAACAAAUUCGAAUAUUUCCUCCGGAUUACAUCAAGAUGGUAAGAUGUAUAUUGGCCAAACUACUUCACAAGCUAAUAAACAACUGGAUCAACCUCCACAAAAGAAAAACAAAAAUGAAGACCAGAUGGCUUUGCAAUGCUCUGCUGAAAUGAAUGAACGAAUAAAUGACAUUGAAAAACAUCAUCGGAAGAGGCACUUUGGUGAUAGUUUUAUGGGGACAGACAUGACAUUGAAGAACCCUGAAUCCUCUUCCUCUCCUUCGGAAGUGAGGUCAAGUAGGCUUGAUUCAAUGCUUGAUGAUGUGGCGGAACCAGAAAUCCCUUGAGAACACCUUGUCAUUGGGGAAAGGAUUGGAUUAUUUACCAUGUUCUUGUUGAAAAUUAAUUUUUUUUGGAGUUUUCUCUACAUAGAUGGGCAGAUGCUCAUAUUUAGCAAUUUAAAACACCAUCAAAUUAUAUUUGAUAGAUAUCUAAUCAGGUUAAAUGCAGCUAAUUUCAUUCAUAUGUAUCAUUUUAUUAUCAGGAUCUAAUAAAAUCAUGAAGCCCUUCUGUUUACAAUUGUUAAUUUUCUAAUAUUAGUGAUUGGUUGUUUCACAUUGUUUACUGAAAAGGAGCAGAUGAGACCAUUUUCUAGCAAUAUUUGUCUUUUAAUGUGCAACAUAUUUUGCUUGAGAAUUAUUUACGUGUUGUUUUUGUUUCAUUGAACAGAUUCUUAUGGGGAAGUAUACUGUACGGAUUGGAAUGACACGGAGGUGGCCGUGAAAAAAUUCAUGGACCAGGAUUUUGAUGGAGAUGCGUUGGAUGAAUUCCUGAGAAAAGCCGAGGGAAUGAACUGUUUGCACACUAGCAUACAAAAAUUGUCCAUCGUGAUCUGAAAUCACCAAAUCUAUUGGUUGACAAGAAUUUAGACUGUGAAGGUAUUUUAUUUUUGCUAACCUCGAAUACAUGGAAAGGUUUUUAAACUUGUUCUACUUUUAAUAUGAAGGAAAGAUGCAAAAGGUAAUUCAAAAAGUAACAACAGAAUGUUCCUUGUCCAAAAUUUAAAACUUUGUCUCAAACUGAUUGAGUUGUGCGCUUGCAGCCAUAGUUGGUAGAAAUAAAAACAAAGGGAAAAAAAAAUCAUAAUUUCCAUCACUUGGGUUCCUACUACUGUUUUGGGAGCAAUUCUCCUUGGAUUUGUAUAGGAUGUUUGUUUAUUGUGUCAUCUUAGAUUGACUGCUGGUAACAUUUUAAGCCUGCAGAAAGUGGGCUUGGUGGGUUCUUUUUGAAGCUAUUGUAUGAAAAACAAGUGUUUAUGUGGAAAAUUUAGAAGGAUUUUAGCAUUCUAUUAUGGUGGCAGACUGAGAGAAGAGUUUGGUUGCUUUGCCACCCCAUUGUCUGGGAUGUAUUGAAGUCUUGGAAUUUGAACAGAUAACUUGUUUUGGAAGACAUUAUUUGUAAGUUGCCUACCAAGGCAUCUAAACCUUUACAUGGAUUUGGUAACAGGAAGUUUUAUAUAUCCCAUACUAGCUGAAAAUAUGCUGUGCAGACCAACAAUUCUUGCAUCACUCAGUCUAUAAUCAUGAUUAAAUUAAAUAUCAAUCAUUUUGUUUACAUCACGCAUUUAAUUGUUUUUGGUGUUCAUUAUUUGCUGAGCUAUAUGUUGCUAUGAAUGGGCUUUUGUCUUCAAAUAUGUGUGUCUUUCCAGUCUCAUUAGAUGUCAGUAAGACCUAUGUCAACAGUGAGUCCACCUCAAAUUUUUUUAUCAUUGUUUACCUCAACUCUUUCAAUCAUUGUCAUACCUCUUAGGCCCAAUCAAACUAGUCCUGAUUUGUUUCAAAAUUGUAUUUAAAUGUGUUGCUAUCUUCAUAAGCUUGAAUAAUUACACUUGUAGGAUAUCCAUAUCCAUGUUCUCAUUCUAAACUCAGUUUGUCUAAUGCUUAUGUGUAUAUGCAUGUUUUUCUUUGUGGUUUUUUGUUAGUGUUGUCACUCUAUUGCCUUCUUGAUUGGGAUUGGUUACUUGUGUUGGUUCAUUGGUUAUGCUCCUAGUUAAAGCUAAGAGGUCCUUCUAAAUUAUGAGUAUAGCCUUUUCCUUUGAAUACUGGUCAAAAUAUUGGGCAAGUUCAAGUUGUACCUUUUGGCCAUAGCAUCAUCCUUAGUUUUCCUUUAUGCAGUGUGAUCUAUUUAGGGGCCCAAUAUAUAUAAUCUAAUGUCACAUACAGAAUCCAUGCCAACAAAUUUAUUUAUGUGUGUUUGGGAAAGGUAACCUCUUUAAAUGUUGGAAUCGAAUAAUAAAUGUAUAUCAUCCUUAAUUUUCUUGAUCAACUGUUACUCUAUUAGUUUGCAUUGAUAGCAUUCGGAUAUCAGUGUAAUGCACGUCUGUGAUUUUGGCCUCUCAAGGUUGAAGCACAGCAUAUUUUUUUUACCAAAGUCAACUGUUGGAACUGUGAGAUCUAGUAUUUGCUCUACUAACAUUUAGGAAAUUAUUAUUUCUAGUCUGUCAAACUUCUCACAUU